AUGAAAAUUUAGAUUAUUAAUGACACCCUAUGUUUUUAAUAAUUAUCAAUUCACUUCUAAUAGUGUUAAUUCUCUAUCAUUUUUUGUAAACUAAAUAAUCUUAUAUGAAGAUAAAUUACAUUAAAUUCAAAUUUCCAUGACUGAAUAAAAAGGCUAUGAAUCAAAAAAAAGGAAUGAAUGAAUAUGUAGAAAGGAAAGA